CGCAAUGGCUUCCUCUCUCCGCAUGGCUGCCCCCAAGAUGGCCUCGAUGGCCGCCCAGAGCUCCGUCAAGGUCGCUCGCCCGAUGAUGAAGGUCCAGCAGCUGCAAAAGUUCUCCCGUGCCUACUCCGGUAAGCUUGCCAUUGGAGCUUCAUCACCCUGACGGUCCUCGAACCGCGAGAAGGCCAUCAGCGAAUCGAUCAAUGCUGACCUGUCAUCUUCGGUAUUUCAGCUGCCACCCGCCAGACCACCGCCUUCAACACCAUGAAGCGCACCUCCACCAUCAUGAACUCAGCCCGCUUCGGUGCUCAGGCU